AUGGAAUCAUCAUCCAUCACAGCAACAACCAAAAAUUCCAACAACAAGAGAACCAGAGAUGACUCGUUUGAAUUAUUAGAGUCGUCCCUGGAGACGAAACGAAUCAGAGAAAACCUUCUCAUCCUUGAUGAUGAUGAAUCUGACGAGUCUAUUACUCAGGAUCUUGAUUCUGUCAUGAAGAGUUUUGAAGAGGAAAUCUCUCUUCCUCUUCCGGGAGAUAUGAAUAAUUUUGUAGUAGGUGGUGGUGAUGUUGAUGAACAGCCUGAUUUAGGUUUUCUGUUAGAAGCUUCUGAUGAUGAAUUAGGUCUUCCACCGUGUAAUUUCUCAUCAUCUUCAACAUCUACUGCCAGUACUGAAGGAGAUGCUGAAACGAAUUAUGAUAACAGUACUACUAUCGGUGAGGGAUUAGAUCAAAUCUGGAGUUUUGAUGAUGAUCAAUUCCCAAAUUAUCAGGAUUUUGGAAUUGAUGAUGAGAAUUUACAACAGCAGAAUAAUAAUAUUAUCAACAGUGAUUUAUUAGGAGGAGAUUUUGGCGACGGUUUAUUUGAGUAUUCUGAUGCUCUGUCGGGAUUAUCUGAUUUUUCGGAUUUCUCAUGGAGACCUGAGACUCUUCCCGCUGUGUAA